AGCCUCCCAUCAUUUAUUUUUCCUUCUCUACUUUUCUGUUUCCUUCAACAUUUCCAUUUUCUUUCCCUCACUCCCCCUCUUCUUCCUCUCAUCAAAUCCCAUUCCUUGAAAUUAGAGAGAAAUAAAAGAAGUUGUAAAUUCUAACACAAAUUCCCCAAUUUCCCUUUUCCAUGGUGUUUUUGCAGAGAAGUGGAGUUUUGUCUGUGCCUUUUUGGCGUAAAAUGCCAAAUGGUGUGUAUGUGUGAGUCAUCUCAUCUGGGUUGAAGAAGAAGAAGAAGAAGAAGAAGAAGAAGAAGCUGUCCUCGUUCUCUCUCUGUCGCUCUCUCUAUUUCCUCUUGGGUGUUGAGAGAUUGAGAUUUUUUCUUGAAGAAGGGAAGGGGUUGUUUCAGAAGUUCUUGAGAUUUCUGGGUUGUUCUUGAAAUACUGUUUGGUUUUCAGAGUGAUGCCUUCUUCUGAAGGUGUCCAACAAUGGCGAAUCUCGUUCCUGGUGUGCUUCUCAAGCUGCUGCAGCACAUGAACACGGAUGUGAAGGUUGCUGGAGAGCACAGGUCGGCGCUGUUGCAGGUUGUGAGCAUAGUUCCGGCACUGGCCGGCGGAGAUCUUUCCCCGAAUCAAGGUUUUUAUCUCAAAGUCUCUGAUUCUUCUCAUGCCACGUAUGUGUCACUCCCUGAUGAACAUGGUGAUCUGAUUCUUAGUGACAAGAUUCAGUUGGGUCAGUUUAUUCAUGUCGAACGGCUUGAGGCUGCUUCCCCGGUCCCCAUUCUUCACGGCGUUCGACCAGUGCCCGGUCGACACCCCUGUGUGGGGAGCCCUGAGGAUAUUGUUGCUACUCAUUCUCCUGGAUUUCUUAACAAUAAUCCUCAUUUAAAACCUUCAGAUAAAUCAAAACCGACCCCGAAAGUUUUAGGCCUUGCCAUUGUUGGGGAGAAGGAGAAAUCUGUGCCUGUGAGACUCAAUGGCAGUGCUAAGGAGGAUAAGAUUGACAGGAGAGCCUCACCCUUGAGUAGAUCCAAGUCUCAGUCGUCAAAACUGACUGUGAAUAUAGAUGUGAAGAAGGAGCCUCUGACGAGAUUAAAGUCAUUGAAUUCGCGGUCGAUACCCGGGUCUCCGACGAGUUGUUAUUCAUUGCCUUCUUCGUUUGAGAAGUUUGCCAACAGCAUUAAGCAGCAGGGGAAGGUUAAGGGAUUGGCUAAUGGAACAGCUAAGGUAGGAGUGGUUGAAAAGUCGAAUUCUGUUCGUUCUGCCAGUCCUGUUGCGAAGAAGAUGGGAGUGGGACAUCAGAUCAAACAUUUAGUUCAGGGCAUUGAGGUUGGAGCCAAGGCUCUGAGGAAGAGUUGGGAAGGGAAUAUGGAGACAAAAAGAAGAGACAAUUCAAUGUUAAGAGCAAGCAAACUUGAUCCAAAGCCCGAAAUUCGGGUUACUACUCCUAGAAGAAGUACAUCAAGUGACAAGUUACCAUCGAGAGAGGAGAAUAAGAUUCAGGUACCUGCAAAGUCAUCAAAAGAUGACCAUAACGUGCAUACGUCUUCGAGGAAGGUUGCUAAUGGCGCUUUAGGUGAUCUGGAAAGGUCUAAUAGGCAAAAAUCUUCCAGUGGAAAGAAAUCCUCAAGUGAUGCAGCUGGAUUCCCCGGAAACUUGGUGAAAAUUCCUCUUAGUCAUAAAAGAUUGACCGAAGGUAGUGUUUCAUGGGCUUCACUUCCACCAUCUCUUGCCAAGCUUGGAAAGGAAGUAAUGAGGCACAGAGAUGCUGCACAAGCAGCAGCAAUAGAGGCUAUGCAGGAAGCUUCAGCCGCAGAAAGUGUACUACGGUGUUUAAGUAUAUUUUCCGAGUUAAACUCCGCUGCUAAGGAAGAUAAUCCGCAGCCUGCAGUAGAACAGUUUUUGACUCUUCAUGCUAGCUUAACCAAUGCUCACAUGGUGGCUGAAUCGCUUUCGAAAACCGGUCCCUCUGGUUCGAGCAACGAGAGUGAAGAAACCCCAUCAGAAGAAACAAUGAAGGUCACGUCAAUGGCUAGAAAACAGGCAUCUGCUUGGGUCCAGGCUGCUUUAGCCACCAACCUCUCGUCUUUUACAGUUUACAGCCGCGAACCUCCCUCGGUGCUAAAUCUGACCUUAUCACUACCUCAAAACCAAAAGAAUGCAUCUGGUAAUCAGCCUAUAUUAGUUUUAGAAAACUCAUCUAAGAACAGCUCUGCGAAACCCCAAGGGAAGGUCCGCCAGAUGAUGAGCUCUAGACCUAUUGGAUCAGGAGGAAUUCCCAGUCGAACGAAGGAAGGAGCAACACUGGGUCCAAAGGCACAGGUUCAACCUCCACCAGAAUGGAUCAGAGGAAAUGGCCUCGACGAAGCGGUUGACUUGUCUGAAAUGUUACAGCUGCAAUCCCAGGACUGGUUCUUGACAUUCAUGGAAAGGUUCUUGGAUGUGGGCGUCGAUGCUGCAGCAUUGUCGGAUAAUGGACAAAUAGCAGGAAUACUAACUCAGCUGAAGAGUGUAAACGACUGGUUGGAUAGCAUAGCAUCUAGCAAGGACGAAGGAGACACCACACACUUUUCGACUGAGACAAUCGACAGGCUGAGGAAGAAGAUCUACGAGUAUCUUCUCAUGCACGUCGAGUCCGCAGCCGCUGCACUCGGUGGGGGAUCACAGUCACUGCCACAGCAGAUACAGGCAACCGAAACAAAACCAAGAAGGUAACUAUUCAAACUUGAUAUUGGUUUCAUCCUAACAUGGAUUCUUCGGCACGCACCGGGUUUGGUCUCGAGAACUAAAUCAUGUACAUAGCUUCUGCAUCGGUUCGCGUCAUAGACGAAAAAGUGGCUGUUACUGGUAAGGAAGGAGUUAGCUUACCAUUACCAUUACUCUCUUUUCUUCUAUUAAUUUAUGGAAUUUGAUUACUGAAAUUAUACAAACCUGGGUUUGUUCAGUUCAUCUUUACACAUAUAGUCAAUUGUACAUUCUGUUGUUAGUGAGAGAGACUGCAUAUUGACGUUUCUGAAGAAGCAGAUAAUUUAUUCUAUUUGUUUUUCUACCUCAGAAAUACUUUUUUUUUUUCCUUUUCUUUUGAAUUCAACAAAUGUGGGGGCGGACGGGUGAGAUGGGGAGAAACCUUUAACCUUAAGAAGGUAAUAUGUGUCUUAUCUACUGAGUUAUGUUCGGAUUUGUGGUGUCUCUUUGAUUUAUUCUACUGACCUAUGCUCAUAUUUA